AAAUAGUCCAGAAAUACUUUCUACAUUAUCGGUGAUGUGGAAAAAAUAAGUUCUUUUUAACUUUUUUUAAUGGUUUAAAUGUACAAGGCCAGGGCGUGAAACGUACACUUUAAAGGCAUUUCCAUGAACUAUCUGGCAUCAGCUGGGACGAGCUUUCCUCCUCUGCAAGUUCACUCCCCUCAGUCCUCUGUACCGGUUCGACUCGAGGGCCAGCUGAACAUAACGCAGUACGAGGUCUGAAGGCCUCAAUGGUAAAUUCUCCCCAAAACGAUUUGUCCCAAAGCGAGGUGGUACAGAGAAAUGUCUGACAGUGCAGGGCUGCAGUUUGUCAGCUCUUAUGCAUUUGAAGCUAUGCAGAAGGUGGAUGUGGUGCGCCUGGCUGCUCUGAGUGACCCAGAGCUCAGGCUCUUGCUGCCUUGUCUGGUGAGAAUGGCUCUGUGUGCUCCUGCAGAUCAGAGCCAGACCUGGGCACAGGACAAGAAGCUCAUCCUCCGCCUGCUCUCCGGAGUGGAAGCUGUCAACUCUAUUGUAGCACUUUUGUCUGUGGACUUUCAUGCUUUGGAGCAGGAUGCACGGAAGGAACAGCAGCUCAGACACAAGGCUGGUGGUUCCAAUGGAGAGAGCAUCUUGGUGUCACAGCUCCAGCAUGGCCUCACCCUGGAAUUUGAACACAGUGAUCCCCUCAGGAGACUUCGUCUGACUCUCAGCGAACUGCUGGCUAUCAUGAAUAAGGUAGCUAAGACUUACAUGGCACAGGCAAAGACAUCUUAAAUCCAUGAAUCUCCCGUUUUUCUGUUUAGGUUUGUUGUGUCUAAUGUUUUACAUAAUGUUUGUUUUCUUGUUUCACUCCCAGAACUGCCUUCUUUGCUGCCCAUCGUGGACGUGGCAGAGGCUUUGCUUCAUGUCCGCAACGGUGACUGGUUUCUGUGCCUGCUGGUUGCCAAUGUGCCUGACAGCUUUAAUGAAGUAUGCAGAGGUCUAAUCAAGAACGGAGAGCGCCAGGAUGAGGAGAGUGUGGGUGGUCGGCGCAGGACUGAAGCCCUGAGGCAGCUGUGUCAGAUGAAUCCCUCACAGGCCCUCAACAUCAGAGCCAUGGUGGUGGAGGAGUGUCACCUGCCCGGUCUUGGUGUGGCUCUUACUUUGGACUAUAAGCCAGAUGCACCUGAUGAGGCAGUCAGCCCACUUGUGUCUUACGUUAGUGGUCUGCUGCUGGGAACCAACAGUAAAGUCCGGACCUGGUUCAGUAUGUUCAUUCGCAACGGACAACAGCGUAAGAGAGAAAGCAGCUCUGUUCUGUGGCAGAUGCGAAGACAGCUGCUGCUGGAGCUUGUGGCCAUCCUGCCGCGCUCACGCAGCACCCGCGUGCCCAAUGUGAAUGACAUGGAGGAUGAAAGUGGUUCAGGGUACUCUGGUCUCAGGGAGGAGCAUGUUGUGAAGGCCAGUGCUCUGCUGCGACUAUACUGUGCUCUCAUGGGGAUUGCUGGUCUCAGACCUACUGAUGAAGAGGCGGAGCAGCUGUUGCAGCUGAUGACUAGCCGACCCCCGGCAACUCCUGCUGGGGUUCGCUUUGUGUCUUUGUCUUUCUGCAAGCUGCUGGCCUUCCCUAUGCUGGUCAGCACUCCAGAGCAAGAACAGCUGAUGGUCAUGUGGCUGAGUUGGAUGAUCAAAGAGGAGGAAUACUUUGAGAGUGCUGCAGGCGUAUCUGCUUCUUUUGGAGAGAUGCUAUUACUGGUUGCCAUGUACUUCCAUAGCAACCAGCUCAGCUCUAUUAUUGAAUUGGUGUGCUCUACUUUGGGGAUGAAGAUUGCCAUCAAGCCCAGCUCUCUGAGCAAGAUGAAGACCAUCUUCACUCAGGAGAUUUUCACUGAACAAGUAGUUACAGCCCAUGCUGUGAGAGUUGCAGUGACCAACAAUUUAAGCGCCAACAUCACAGGAUUUCUCCCAAUUCACUGUAUUUACCAGCUGCUUCGGAGCCGGGCCUUCACCAAACACAAAGUGUCCAUCAAGGACUGGAUCUAUCGUCAGCUCUGUGAAACAACAACACCCAUCCACACCCAGCUGAUUCCUCUAGUCGAUGCCUACAUCAWCUCGAUCCUCACUCCAGCAUCUAAGGCCAACCCCGAGGCCACCAAUCAGCCAAUCACUGAGCAGGAGAUCCUUAAUGUCUUCCAGAACUCUGCAGGACAAGGGGAAAGUAGUCGAGCAGGACGCCAGUGCUACUCCAUCACCACACAGCUGCUUAUCCUUUACUACAUCCUGUCUUAUGAGGAGAACCUGCUGGCAAGCACCAAACAGCUUGGUAAGACGAUACUUAUAAAAAGUGUGCCUGCCAUCCUAUUGUGUCCUCCCCUGAUGGACAUCGUUCUUCAUAUGCUGAAUGGCUACCUGAUGGCCUCCAAAGCCUACCUGCAGUGCCACCUGAAGGAGACAGCUGACUUUGACCGUCAGAAUCUGAUUGUUACAAAUGUGGGGGCACCUGCUCAGCCAGACUCACCUGAGGUCACCAGGGAGGAGCUGAAGAAUGCCCUUCUAGCAGCGCAGGACAGCGCAGCCGUCCAGAUUCUCCUGGAGAUAUGUCUGCCGACCUCUGAAGAACAGCAGUUGGGGGCCAGCACAGAAAGCCUUUUAAGGAGAAACCUGAAGCCCAUGCCAGAGAAAAACAAACAAGGAAGCCAGGGGCCAAGAGCCAGAGUGGAUAUGGAGGACGCAGAGCCAGAAGGAGGCCUGCUCAGUGACUUGAGGGAGGUGCAAUGUCUUAUCUGCUGCCUGCUGCAUCAGAUGUUCAUUGCUGACCCCAACAUUGCUAAGCUGGUUCAUUUUCAGGGCUAUCCUCAGGCUCUGCUGCCUCUUACUGUGGCAGGCAUCCCUUCCAUUCAUAUAUGUUUGGACUUCAUCCCAGAGCUGCUGGCCCAGCCCCAGCUGGAGAAGCAGAUCUUUGCGAUCCAGCUGCUGUCACACCUGUGUACCCAGUACGCCUUACCAAAAUCUCUGAGUGUGGCCAGGUUGGCCAUUAGUGUCAUGGGCACACUUUUAACAGUGCUGAAUCGUGCCAAGCGUUUUUCCUUCUUCAUGCCAACCCUGCCAUGUCUGGUGGCUUUCUGCCAGGCCUUCCCUCCUCUCUAUGACGAUGUGGCAGCUCUGUUGGUACAAGUGGGCCAGGUCUGUGCUUCUGAUGUGGCCACCAAAACCCGAGACAUCGACCCUUUCAUUGCCCGUUUGCAGAAUCUGAAAGAGAAGCCUCAGGAGUCUGUAGUUCCAGGAGGCGCCUCCAAACUGACUCUAACUCAGGUGGCAGCAGAGGAGCUGGGUGGAGCCGACCCCGAUGUCCAGCUUUGCUACUGCAUUGAAGCCACCUUCAUGGACAUUAUCAGCUCCACACUUCAUGGACUUUAGUCCACUUGUAACAGCUAACAGGGUCAGAGACACUUUACUGGAACCAACAACGACAAACACUGCCAGUUAAUAAGUUUAAAAUUUUUGUUUUGUUUGCAAUAUUGACACUUCAAAGAUGGAUGCUCUUCUCUGCAGGUGAUGGGACUCGCAGUCUCACCUGUAAUUAUUCUGCUCUGUUCUUUCUGGACUGGAGUCCUGAACACAAUAGUGUCAGGUUUUGUUGUGAAAUUGUUUUAUUUGUAAAGUGAUUAAACGUGUCUGUGUUUGUGUUUUCA